AUGUCGGAGAUGCUUGACCUCUCUUUUCUGUCUGAGAUGGAAAGAGAUUUGAUCCUUAGUGUUCUACAACGAGAUGAGGAACUUCGGAAAGCAGAUGAGAAAAGGAUUAGGCGAUUAAAGAAUGAAUUACUGGAGAUAAAAAGGAAAGGGGCCAAGAGGGGCAGCCAACACUAUAGUGAUCGGACCUGUGCCCGGUGCCAGGAGAACCUGGGCCGUUUGACUCCUAAGACCAACACUUGUCGGGGUUGUAAUCAUCUGGUGUGCCGAGACUGCCGUAUCCAUGAAAGCAAUGGUACCUGGAGGUGCAAGGUGUGCGCCAAGGAAAUAGAACUGAAGAAGGCAACUGGAGACUGGUUUUAUGACCAGAAACUGAAUCGUUUUGCUUACCGCACAGGCAGUGAGAUAAUCAGGAUGUCCCUGCGCCGCAAACCUGCAGUGAAUAAAAGAGAGACUGUGGGACAAUCCUUCCAUCAUCAGUCACAGAUGGAUGAUGUCUGGCCAGGAAGAAAGAUCAUUCAGGAGCAACAGAAGGAGCCCAGUGGAUCAAUCGAAGUGCCCAAGCAGAAAAGUGGAAAGAGUGCACUGGAGGCUGAGAGUGAGAGUCUGGAUAGCUACACAGCUGACUCAGAUAGCACAUCCAGGAGAGACUCUCUGGACAAAUCUGGCCUCUUUCCAGAAUGGAAGAAGAUGUCUGCUCCCAAAUCUCAGGGAGAAAAGGAAACGCAGUCUGGAAGUCAAAAUGUGAUAACUGUCAAUGAAGGUGAAAUGAUAUUCAAGAAGAACACCAGAAAAAUCUUCAGACCUUCAGAAUAUACUAAGUCUGUGAUUGAUCUUCGCCCAGAAGAUGUGGGGCAUGAAUGUGGCUCUUUGGGAGAUAGAAGCAAAUCUGUCCCUGGACUCAGUCUGGAUAUGGAAGAAGAAGAGGAAGAGGAAGAAGAGGAAGAAGAAGAAGACAUUGACCACCUGGUGAAGUUGCAUCGCCAGAAAUUAGCCAGAAGCAGCCUGAGAAGUGGCUCCUCCAUGAGUACAAUAGGCAGCAUGAUGAGCAUCUAUAGUGAAGCUGGUGAUUUCGGGAACAUCUCUGUGACUGGCAAGAUUGCCUUUUCCCUGAAGUAUGAACAGAAAACACAGACUUUGGUCAUUCAUGUGAAGGAGUGCCACCAGCUGGCUUAUGCUGAUGAAGCUAAGAAGCGCUCUAAUCCAUAUGUGAAGACUUAUCUGCUGCCUGAUAAGUCCAGGCAAGGAAAAAGAAAAACCAGCAUCAAGAGGGACACCAUAAAUCCAUUAUAUGAUGAGACCUUCAGAUAUGAGAUCCCAGAAUCUCUCCUGGCCCAGAGGACGUUGCAGUUUUCAGUUUGGCAUCAUGGUCGUUUUGGUAGAAACACUUUUCUUGGAGAGGCAGAUGUCCAGAUGGAUUCCUGGAAGCUUGAUAAGAAACUGGAUCAUUGCCUUCCUUUGCAUGGAAAGAUCAGUGCUGAGUCCCUGACUGGCUUGCCAUCACACAAAGGCGAGUUGGUGGUUUCAUUGAAAUACAUCCCAGCCUCCAAACUCCCUGUUGGAGGUGACCGGAAAAAGAGUAAAGGUGGGGAAGGGGGAGAGCUCCAGGUAUGGAUCAAAGAAGCCAAGAACCUGAUGGCUGCCAAAUCAGGAGGGACUUCAGACAGCUUUGUCAAAGGAUACCUCCUUCCCAUGAGGAACAAGACCAGUAAGCGUAAAACUCCUGUGAUGAAGAAGACCUUGAAUCCCCACUACAACCAUACAUUUGUCUACAAUGGUGUGAAGCUGGAAGAUCUACAACAUAUGUGCCUGGAACUGACUGUGUGGGACCGGGAGCCCCUGGCCAGCAAUGACUUCCUGGGAGGGGUCAGGCUGGGUGUUGGCACAGGGAUCAGUAAUGGGGAAGUGGUGGACUGGAUGGAUUCGACUGGGGAAGAAGUGAGCUUAUGGCAGAAGAUGCGACAGUACCCAGGAUCUUGGGCAGAAGGGACUCUGCAACUUCGUUCCUCAAUGGCUCAGAAGCUGGUUUGUGAGUUGGCCAGAGAAAGUCAGAGGAAGUGA